AUGAUGAGUGUGACGAAGACGAGACCAAAGACGAUACUGGUGCCGACGGGAAAAUGGUGCGGCACCAGGAAAUGCACCGUCAAACAGACGCGCAAACAGAAAUACACCAUAGUAACCAACCAGCUGAUGUGCUGUAAAGGCUACGUCUACACCAGCGGCACCGACUCCUGCGCACCGGUCUGCAGCACCGGCUGCGCCAACGGCACCUGUGUAGAUCCCGACGUAUGCCAGUGCGCAGCGCUUCGCUACCUCGACCCUAAUACUAGAAACAAAUGCCUACUACCCACAUGCGAUCAUAUCAGCAGCGCUGUAGGUUUUGAUGGACCACUAUAUUUAAAUAACACAUUUUACCUCGAAUGUGAUACUGAAACAAGUUGCUUUGAUGAAUCAAAAGCAAUUAGUAGAGAGACUUAUUACCUUGAGUGUGAAGAAGUGGAAAUAAUUAGUAGAGGAAUAAUUAAUCCAAAGGAGCAUAAUGAAAGUACGACAGAGUCGUAUUUACUGAUAAAUAAGACUACAACAGAAUCCGAUGAUGAAUCAACAGCUGCAUAUGGAAAUUUGACAGAAGUUUAUAUAUUUACAAAUGAAACUACCACGGAUCUUGAAGGUCUAUCGAAUAAUGGUCUUGUAAAUUCAACAGAAGCUGAUGUGUUUAUAUCCGAAUCUUCCACAGCAGUUGAAAGCAUAUCGAAAAAUGAUAUUUCGAUUUCGUCAGAAGCUAAUGGAAUUACAACAGUAUCUACCACAUCUAGAUAUGGCAUAUUUAUAAAUGAUGAUGCAAAUUCGACAGAGACUAACGUGAUUACACCCGAAGCUAGCACAGAAGUUAAUGGUAUAUUAAAUCAUGAUGUAGCUAAUUCGUCAGAGGUUCAUGUGGUUACAACUAAAACUACCACAGACCUUUAUUAUGAAUUUAAAGAUAAUCAUAAUUCAACAAAAGCUGAUAUAUUUGACAAUGAAACUACGACUGAGCAUCAUGAUGUAUUGAAGGAUAUUAAUGCGACUUCAACAAAAAUAGAUGAAUUAAGUAAUAAAACUGAUGUUCAUUCAUUAAAGGCAGCUAAAGAGAAUUCUUCUGAUUCUAGUAAUGUCUUGGCUAUCCUGGGAUAUUCUUUAGCAGGGGUCGGAGCAACACUGGCCCUAGCUUUUGGAGCAUAUAGAUUGAAAAAUGCUGUACAAUCAGGAAGCUACUUUAUCCCUGAAACACCAAGACCACCGGGUUUUAUAGAACUAGCAUGAAAUAUU